AUGUUUUUACGAACGAUAGGCAGUAGGCUUUCGAUUCAGAGAGGAGCCUUGCUGCUCCGGCGUGUUCCCAUCCGUGCUGCAACUGGAGCUUACAAAGUUGUAGUCGAAGAAAACGGCGGCGACAUGUCACUGGUAGGUAAAGGUCUCUUAUUGCACACAGUAGUCACAAAACGCUUGAAAACUGGAAUGUCUCAGAAGAGAGCCUUAGUUUAAUCAAGACACAGUUAAUUGACACUGUGGUAGUCACCAAACAGAACAUUCGUGGUCGUUUAAACAAAGUAGAAAUAUCAAAACGACGAUAAUGAAACGUGGAAUGCACAAACCAGGUGAGGAACCGAUCUUUGAUUUGCGUGAAGCCUGGUGAAGCCCAUAAUAUUCUCUCUAGAUGUGUUAUCGAUCGAGAUACUGAAGAGCAGCUCAUCACAACAAACAGGGUUACCAUUUUUAACGGCAGUACCUUGCAUAGAAGUGAACAUAAGCGAUGCGUGGAAGCGCUGGAACAACCCGUUUCAUUUGUUGCAACUUGCUCGAAUAUCGAAGCCUAACGAGGCAAAUCAACCCGGCUGCAGCGUAGCUUAAUGGUUUAAUAUUUCUUUUCUUUGAAGUACAAGACGAAUUUAAAGAGCCAUCUCCCAAUGUUUUUGCCCCUUGACGUCUAAGAUUGACAUAAAGGAGCAUCUGUGGCGAAAUUAUCAUGAAACCAUAACAGGCAGAUUCAGACCAGUGGGAGUAUCGAUUAAACGUAAUUUUAGCGCUUUGCACUGAAUGUUAGAAACGCUAAUAGCUCUGGAAGUUUGUUUUCCUUUUGCUAUCCGAAUGCAAACUUAAACCCUUCGUGGAAAAUAAAAGCUGUAAAAUGGAAAAUAGUUGUCUGCUUUCGAUUCAUUUUUCUUGGAAAAGCGGUGAAUAUAGAAUUCAUUGUCUUCGCGUGACUUGUGUGUUCUUUGAGUGUCAGUGUCAAGAAUCGACAAGAAACGAAAACAUCGGAAACAGCUAGCUAUCUUAGGGAUGAAAAUUUACUUCGGCGUUUUGAAUAGUGUCAUUGAGGGAUGCGCCCCUUCCCAGACAGUCGAGUUCACCGUUCGCUUCGUCACGGCUAAUGGCGUCGGUUUGAAUUUCACCGAUUUGGACAAAAGGCAUUUUUUAAUCUUUGGUUUGUCUCAAUUUGGCUGUUAGCGCUUAUAUACAAGACCUGACUCGUUAGUGACCUAGUAAACCUGUCGCAAUCGUAAACAUACAUUUAUAAACCGGCCAAACUGGCUGGUGAUUUGAACAAUGGAGGCGUGACCGCUCUAAGCUAAUAACCAUAUGAAAGAGUGUUUUGUUUUUGUUUUUAUUUUUCCUUUAUUUUGACGACCUAGAGCCAAAACCAACGUCGGGAACAAGAACCAAGUGGCCCAAUGAAAGUCUCUUCUCGCCAGACGUUAUUAACAAUUACGGUCUGAACUUUUCUGCUACUAGCCCCCUCGUUCUCGUUCGUGUAACCAGAAUCCCAAGUGGGAAGAAAAGAAGAGUGAUUUCUUGUAACAUUUACUAUCGGUGCGUCAGCUUGUUCUCGCAACUACUCUCUACUUUAAUUUCUUGAUUUAACGAGAAAGGGCGGACGAAAAAAUGUCUGAGCAGAUGGAAGCAAUUUAGGUUUCCGGGAAACUGCCCACCUACCCCUCCCCUAAGUCAACAUUAGCUACCUUGUGAUACACCGUUUCCGUGUAAGUGUACGGGAAAAUUAGCCGUUCACGUAGCCGUAAAUACGAGUAGAUUGUCUCUUACCGGAGAGAAACGGGUAGGCUACCGGGUAGAAUGGUUACGCCAUUAUCACAUCUGGGAAAUAAUUGUUGCCUUUUAUAAAACUACGAGGUAAACAUGUUCGCUUACCCGUACUCGUAGGCUGAAACGGUGUAUCUUAAGGUCUCUAUUCAACAUUUACUUUUCACUUGGGGCAAAAUGUUGACUUAGGGGAGGGGUAGGUUGGCAGUUUCCCAGAAACCUAUAUUGAUCCGAAAUGGAUGAUAUUUCUAUAGAAUGAUGAUGUGAACUGCAAAUGCGGAAAUACAAAUUUAAAUGAAGAUAUGAUCGACCAAAAAAAAAUUCGGGACUUAACGGGAUUCGAACACAUGGGCUCUGCGUUAACGCUGCAGAUAUUUCUAUACUACAAUGCUACAAUCCAACGAUCCCACAAUAAUUUCGUUGGCAUGAAACUCUCGGAGUGGCCGUGUCAAUUUUUGUCUUCCUGAUGCUUUUGGCGAUGUUCACAUUAAACCGGGUAGCUUUUUGGGCCGACUUUAAAAGCUAUCCGUUGUAGUAUGAACACCUAUACGAUAUGUGACUCUCCACUUUAGAGAUCGGCGAGGUGCAGCUUAGCUCCGUCACAGAAAUCGCGCCAAAAUCACCGUCCUACUGUGUGAACAGAAGCCAUAUCUGGUAUUGUUUACGUGCGGGGGCAAAAGUUAUCCGGUAUUGUGUGAACAGAGUCUUAAACACCUUAUGUCACUUCUUUGGGAUCCCUGUGGCAUUCUGCGCGCGCGAGGUCUUGCCUGUGAUUUCCGUGUUUGUUGACGUAGAGUCGAGAACGACUAUAAUUGUCCGAGUUUUCUCUUGAAUGUCUUUCCCUAGAAUCAUACGAAAGUUUUGUUCAAACGAUUUUAGGAAACGCACUGUACAAUUGAAGAGAUAUAUUUCGCGGCAUUCACUGCGCCACACCUUUGCAGCAGUGCAAGCCAAGAAGGUACCGUGUAAAUUUAGAUGGAAAUGUGCUGUUAGUGACUCAUUCAGAUCAUCAAAGAUUUUUUAGGGUAGGACACAACAGGUUAUUUUUUUCUUGCGUUACCUCUUAAGGCUGUUGUUUGCCAUCUGCGGAGUCGCACCUGAUGUCGGAUUCAUAGGACAGAGAUGACUUAAGGAAGAUCGACAAUCGGAGUUGUAGGCGGCGUCAUCAAUCGUAGUCGCUAGAAUCAGAACGUUCCUCUUUUCCUCCGUUUCCGGAAGUUGCUUUGAUUUCCACUUGAUAAGCUCUGCGCGUCUGAUUCCGAGCCUGUCUCCAGAAAAACUGUCCUAAUCAAUUUAAACAUACGGAUAAAACGAAAGGAGACUGUUUCUAAGUCCUGAUGUGACAGGAAGUCGCUUGAUAAGAGCCCUUGCUUUGUGUAGUGACAUUCGUGGAUAAAGAAACGUAAACUGCAGAACAGGCGUUAUUUCUUCGCGCUUUUCAGGCGAGAAAAGUCAAGCACAAAGCGACGGAGGAAGGCGAAACAAUAACGCCGCGCCUGUCCUCAAACCACUGUUUGUGCUCUUUUGCCGUUCAUGUAGUGAACGCAGCUAUCCAGUUAGCUAAUUUCCGUGCCUUCCCCGUCGCGCGAAGAAUCGAGGAUGCUGUUUGAAAAAUUAGAAUUAAGCUCCCGUAGAUACUAAUCUGGACGUGGCUUUAUACACCAACAUAGUAUAGUAUCGCAGAUAAUGACAGCAAUUGUUUUCAAAGAUAUGCAUUAAUUACAGUCAUAAGAGAUCUUUGUAUGGGUAAUAUUGGUGUUCCGUCUUGAAGACCCUUAAGUCGGACCAAAAUCUGUAAUUUACACCCCAAGCGAGAUAAAGAGCAUCUUCUUUCUUUUCGUAUAUGGGAGUCAUCCUUCUCACCGGAUUAAAUUAAGCCACACUGUUUUUUGUUCUUCUUGUUGUUGUUUUUCGAGACCGUUCUUUGCCUAUAACCUUAACUAUUGACACUAUAUCUAAUUGACUUUUAACCACAGCAGGAUUAGCUCAGUCGGUAAAGCGCUUGACUACAGAACAGGCGGUGUGGGUUCCAUUCCCGGGACCGGACCAAUACUCAGGGUCUUAAAAUAACUGAGAAAUGAAAGUACUGCUCUUGCCUUGCUUGGAAACGGCUAGACCUUCGCGUGGCUCGGAUGAACACGUAAAAUGGCCGUCCCCUCUCCAGUAGGAGACGUAAAAAUAGUAUCCUCGAUUAGUAAAUUAGUGCUAAAUAGAUUGACACUCAAAUAAAGGGCAUUUUUUGAAAACAAAAUCUACUUCAUGUUCUUGCAUCUACUAAAAUACGUCGUUCAACAAUAUCGUUUCUUGGGCCCACUUGUGCUCAAAGUAGUCCGGCAGCUUCUUCAAUAUUCGAGGAAUACCCUGAAGGAUUUCGAAAACCCCGCCUACCUUGAGGGCAACAUCUUAGAGCGCAUCGUGGAACCAGAAAGGGUCGUCAUCUUUAGGGUCCCUUGGAGGGAUGACAAAGGAGAGACCCAUGUUAACAGGGGCUUCCGUGUGGAGUUCAAUUCAGCCAUUGGCCCUUACAAAGGGGGUCUGCGCUUCCAUCCCUCUGUCAAUUUAGGAAUUCUUAAGUUUCUUGGAUUUGAGCAAGUGUUAAAAAACAGUCUCACGACCCUUCCUCUCGGAGGUGGAAAAGGAGGUUCGGAUUUCGACCCGAAAGGAAAGAGCGACAACGAGGUAAUGAAUUUUUGCCAGUCAUUCAUGUCCGAGCUUCAGAGGCACAUCGGCCCAAACACGGAUGUCCCGGCCGGAGAUAUUGGCGUGGGAGCAAGAGAAAUCGGUUACCUGUUUGGCCAGUACAAGAAAAUACGCAAUGAAUUCACCGGGGUGUUGACCGGUAAAUCGUAUUCGUUUGGGGGAAGUUUGCUACGACCGGAAGCCACCGGGUACGGCCUCGUGUACUUCACCGCGGAGAUGCUAAACACGCGACGCGAGACCUUCAGGGGAAAACAGGUUACGGUAUCUGGGUCCGGGAACGUGGCACAGUUUGCGUCUGAGAAAGUCAUGCAACUGGGUGGCAAGGUGGUAACGCUGUCUGACUCAACAGGGACCAUCUACGACCACUCCGGCUUGGACAAGGAAAAGAUCGAGUACGUCAAAUAUCUGAAAAAUGUAAAACGCGGACGCAUCAGCGAGUUUGUGGAGAAGUUCCCCGAUGCAGAGUUCUUCCAAGGGAAGCGGCCAUGGUUUGUAAAAUGUGAUGUCGCUCUACCAUGCGCAACUCAAAACGAAGUGAGCAAGGAAGACGCGGAAAUGCUGGUCGAAAAUGGCUGCUACUGUGUGGCAGAAGGCGCGAACAUGCCCACGGAGCCGGAAGCCAUUGAAGUGUUCCAGAAACACAAGAUCCUAUACGGGCCUGGUAAAGCGUCCAAUGCCGGGGGCGUGGCAGUUUCCGGUCUGGAGAUGUCUCAAAACAGCUUACGUCACGCCUGGACCCGUGAGGGUGUGGACGAACGCUUGCAUGACAUCAUGGAGAGCAUUCACAAUACCUGCGUCAUGUAUGGUACCUCGAAAGAUGGCUACACCGACUAUGUAAAGGGCGCGAAUAUUGGCGGCUUCAUGAAGGUGGCUCAAUCCAUGAUAGAACAAGGAAUUGUUUAG